AUGGCGAGCGAAGUAACCGAAAGCAACCCAUACUACAAUGGUGGAGGAGGUGGUUUCGUUGGAGGCGGAGCGAAUGGCAGCCCGUACGGUAGUCAAAACUCUCCCGGCACCACCAACAAGAAAGGCGGUCAAUCUACUCUGCGACCGGUCACGAUCAAGCAAAUCAUCGGUGCCGACCAGCCUCAUCCGGAUGCCGAUUUCCAAAUUGAUGGAGUAGAUGUAGGAAGUGUGCGAGUCGUAGGAGUGGUACGGAAUAUCAGUAGGACGGCGACAAACGUCUCGUACACGAUCGAAGAUGGAACCGGUGAAAUGUCCGCUCGAGUCUGGCUCGAUACGGCAGACGACGAUAAUGGCAAGACAGGCGGUAUCGAGCAAGAUACCUACGUUUCAGUCUUGGGUGUAUUGAAGAGUUUUGGAGGAAAGCGACACAUCUCCGCGCAGAACAUUCGAAGGGUAGAGGAUUUCAACGAGGUGCAUUAUCAUCUCCUAGAAGCGCUGUACAUCAGCUUGACACUACGUAACCCGAACAAGGGUAUGGGAGGGGCCGCCUCCGCCCCUGCUCGAGCUGGAAACACCCACGCCGACUACCUACCUGGAGGCAACAACAACGCACAGAGCGGUGAUGACGACCGAUGGGCUAACCAGCCCACUUUCCAUCGAGCCAUCUUGAAAGCUAUCGAGGAACACACUGUUGGAGAGGACGGGGUCCAUGUUGGGGUGGUCGCCAAAAACUUGGGAUCGAAUCAGCCUCAGGAGCAGAUCAUGUGA